AUCAUAGCGUGGUACAGUUGUUAUGGGAUGAUAUGUAACCAAAAGUAACGUUUAGAAAGUUUCCAUAUCACAACUUGCCAGUUAUCCCCGCGAUUUUCAUAGGACUUUUCACACAAAUCAGAACACCAUGUGUGAGAGAAAAGCCGUCAUCAAGAACGCUGACAUGAGCGAGGACAUGCAGCAGGACGCUUGCGACAGCGCCACUGAAGCUAUGGAGAGGUAUAACAUUGAGAAGGACAUCGCUGCAUUCAUUAAAAAGGAGUUCGACAAGAAGUACAACCCCACAUGGCAUUGUAUUGUCGGACGCAACUUUGGCAGCUACGUCACCCACGAGACCAAGCACUUCGUCUACUUCUAUCUGGGACAGGUGGCUGUUCUCCUCUUCAAAUCAGGAUGAACAAUGGACCACGAGGAUGAAUAACGGGGACAAUAGAUCAAGUUACGGUUUUAUUGUCAAGUGCUCAAGUCUAUAUCU